AUGGGCUGGACGUGGUAUCUGGCAAAUGACCUUCAGCUACAUUACGUGGUCGCUCCUAUCUUAUUCAUUUCUUUUGCCAAAAGUAUCCGCUGGGGAAUGUUGUUCGGAGGACUGAUGAUGGCAGGUUCUUCAAUUAUUCAACUGUGGAUUGUUCUUCAGAACGACUAUCCACCGGCUCCACUUCUCACCACUAAACUUCAAAUCGUGAAAACGCUGGAUGCCUACUGGAAAGAUGUCUAUGUGAGACCGUAUGUUCGUUGUGGACCAUUUAUUGUAGGCGUGACCGUCGGAUACCUUUUGAAUUUCUUGAGUUUAAACCGAAACGACACCGUCGUCAGAAUACCAAAGGUCAGUAGUACGUUCCGUUGA